CUAUCAUUAAGCCAAGUAGCUGAACGUGGCCUUUCAGUCUUUUCAAGACUGUUGGCUCUGUCUGUCCCCGUAAGGGAUAUAGACGUGAUGAUAUGUAUGUAUGUGAAUAAAAAUAAUUGUUAAAUGUAGAUAUAUUUUGUAGAAAUACCUACAAAAAAUACAUUUAACAAUUAUUAUAUAUAAACUUCGAAAAACGUUAUACGAAUUUAAAAUAAGGACUUAAUCAGGGAAUUCUGAUUAGUCCAAUUGAUUUGAUAUAACUAUCACAAAGAAUCUAUAAGUUCCUCAAUAACAAACACAUGUUACUGUAUGCGGCCGCGCCGUUUCUAUUCAUGUUUCCCGCGAUAAGCUUGCCAUUGAAGGUCAGUGGUGUCAAUCUCGAUCCGAGAGCCCUGGCUACAAGUUUGCUUCUUAGCUCCUAAUAUAACCCUUUUAAGGAUUUACGUAGGUAAUGUGAGUGGCUUGUAAAAUAAAUAAAAAUGGAACGGAUUCUUCGGGGUAUUAUGCGAUACCGCGUUAUAGACCGUGCAAGCAUGGUUAAACAAUUUCAAGAAGUAAAAGACAACCCAACGCCUAAGGCAGUCUUCUACACCUGCAUGGACAGUCGAAUGAUUCCAACAAGAUUUACUGAAACUAGUGUUGGCGAUAUGUUCGUUGUCCGAAAUGCUGGAAACGUGAUACCACAUUCUCAACAUUUUGCAGAUGAAAUGACUAGUUGCGAACCAGCAGCUUUAGAACUAGGUUGCAUUAUUAACGAUAUAAGACAUAUAAUCGUAUGUGGUCAUAGUGAUUGUAAAGCAAUGAAUCUUUUGUAUAAAUUGAAGAGUAAGGAAGAAUCGAGUGUUGAACAAAGAAGAAUUUCGCCUUUAAAAUCAUGGCUUUGUACUCAUGGAGAAUCCAGUCUUAAAAAAUUUCUCGAUAUGAACUAUGACUUUGAAAAACCAAUGGUUUUUAGUGCUGAAACGCCUCAAAGAAAAUUUGUGGCAUAUAUUGAUCCUGACAAUAAAUUUUGCAUAGAAGACAAGUUAUCACAGGUUAACACGCUACAACAACUUCAAAACGUGGCAUCGUACGGAAUGCUAAAAAAAAGAUUAGAAAAACACGAUUUGCAUAUUCAUGCAUUAUGGUUUGAUAUCUACACCGGCGAUAUCUAUUAUUUUAGCAGACGUGCCAAACGAUUUAUAAUUAUAGAUGAAUCCUCCUACGAAGUUAUACUGGCAGAAGUACGACGUUAUUAUUCGUAAAAAGAAUCUGUUUUCUUGUUAAAAAUGUACAUAACUUUACAUAAGUCAGGAGUCAGGAGUGCAAUCUGCAGAAGUACUAGGGCUAUAGGCUAAAUUUUGUGAAGCAUGAUAGGCUAUACUUUGUGAAGCAUUCUUACCAAUGAAGUAGGUAUGUGAAUAAGAGCUAAUUCAAGAGUUCAUUUAAAGAGAAGGAGAACUAUAUUUUCACCCAAAAUCAUUUUCCGAUAUAAGAUGGUCGCUAGGCACCGAUAAUUUCAGCGCGUAGCGCGUUACUGCUGUUCUAUCGUGUUUGUGUAGUGCGAUCGGUUUACACGACGGAGGACACGGGUUCAUUUCCCAGCAAUGGAUACUUUUUAGUUUCUAGUAUUUCUUAUAUUAUUUUUGGAUCUUGAUGUACAAGUAUUUAUUAUAAAAUAAAGUAUCGUUGAGUUAGUAUCUCGUUAUACAAAUUUUAAACUUACUUCGAGGUUUAAUCAGUCUUUUUAAUUUUUCCCGUAUAUAUUCAUUAUUUAUUUAUGGUAUUUCUGAUGUCCACCGAGUACCAGUCACCCUGCUACUUAUAACAUAACAAUCAUUUUGUCAUAUUAGUUGGUAAAACCAGUUGGCAGAACCAGCUCUUGCUUUUAGUAUUGUAGACCGAUUUUUAUUUAAAAAGUAACGCAUUAAUUUAUUAAGAGCCUUUAAAUUAAAUUAAGUAUUUAUUUAUGGAAAAAAAAUAUUAUUGCGAUGUACCGAUUAAUGGCUUUAUUUUGCCAAUGCCUUAUGUGAACAUGCUAUUAUUUUUUAACGUUAUAAAUAUGUAUUUAUUAAGUUAAAAUGUAUAAGUUCAAAUUACUAUUAAUAUUUAUCAUAUAAAAUUUCGUCGAGCGUUAGUUGCGAAAUCGUUCGUACGGAAGGUGGUGUGCUGAAUAACCGCUUUCAAAAAAAGGUGGUUCUCAGUUUGACCUGUAUGUAUGUAUCAAUGUUAUCAUCAAACAUUUCGCAGAACCGAUUUUGAUGCAGUUUUCAGGAAAGUUAGUCAAUUCAUAGACGCUUCCAGUUUAAUUUAAAAGACGCCAUUAAAAUCAUAGCAACUAGUUUAUGAAGCUUUUGAUAGAUAACGCUGCUCAUAUAUAAUAAAAACUAUUUUUGUAAUAAUAUAUUUGUCUGAGCUAAUAUUUAAAUAUAUUUGAUUAUGUUAAAAAAGUAAUCUAGUAAUAUUUAUUCAGCUACCUAAUAUAAUGAACACCUCUAGUGCCGAUGUAAUUAGGGACCAUUACACUUAAAAUAUUUUUUACAAAUAAAGUUUACAGAUCUUUGUUAA